AUGAAUGACAAGAUCGCCCUCGUGUUCCUGGCUCUUGCGGUGUCCUGCGCCGGAGCCCAGGCUGCCGUCACCAGCGAAACCCUGGAGGCCAUCCCUGCGUCCCAAUUCGUGUACACCCCACCAACACCCUCCCCCAAUGCACUGUCGGUAGGGGGCGUGUCGCAGCGGCGUACCGCGCGCGAGUGGCCCGCACUCGAGAACGCAGCGGGCCUCUUGUACGCCAUCAAUGCCGAGUCCCUCAUGGUUGGGUUCGUCCAGGAGAAUGGGACAGCAGUGGAGAACACCAUCACCUCAGGCACCUCUGCCGUCUUUCCCCAGGGCCUUGUACACUACCAGUACAACACUGGGUGCAGCCCCGCCACCUAUACCAUCACCUACAACGAUGCGCAGGGCGCCACAGUCAAUAUUGUGCCGGCGCUCGUCAAUCUUCCUCAGGCGGUGGUCAUGGCGAGCCUGAAUAUCAGCGAGAUGGCGUACGCGGAGCUGGUUCUGGGUGCGCCGACCACCAACUUCAUCGCCGAGGCCGAUGAGUGCAUGGCAAAGUGCAUGGUGAAGAGUCAGUCCACCCAGGGACGUCGUCUCCUCGGCGCCCAGCCUGAGAUGUGA